AUGGCGUUCGUGAGAAUUCUUGGUAUUAUUGCUGGGAGCCUGGGUAUCAUCUCCUUUGGGCUGGACAGAUUCGGUGGCGAAGGUUCGCACUCCGGCUCGACGAUCAAAGUCGCAGUUGCCCUCGACGGUCCGCAAUUGUCUAACUCUGCGGGCGUGUUUGGAACGAGGUUGGAAAGUUCGUUGGUAUUAUUGUCGACCCCGGAAGGGCAGAAGCAGGGAACAUUGGUGAAAUCAAAGUCCAGCAUGACAAUCAGGGGGUGUAUACCUUAUUCUCGGCCAACAAUGAUGCAGUGUGUAUUGUCUGGGUGUCGGCCACCUGGACAGGUGGCCACGGAGGCAACAAGUACAUAUGCAGUCACUGGUGACUUCAGCGAGCCCUGUGGUGGUGCCUGGUUCCCGAGCAACUUAUACAUCAGUGACAAGAAGGACCAUCAGCCCGAUUGCUUCUGGAUCGACAAAAUUGGGGACCAGCCGAAAACUGGGUUCCAAGUCCGAUGGCCUGCGUAUUCUGAGGACCGGUUUGACGAGAAUAACAAGGAUCCGAAGAGACUGUGCAACAACGUUGACUUCGGGCUGCGCGAGGGAAAACGACCCCAGUUCAAUCAGCUACUAUCCCAAGAAAAAACGAGACGAAAAUCCCCGGGCUUGUCGUUCUACCAUCCGUCGCCCUGGGUGGGCUAA